AUGUUGAAUUGGCAGAGUAUGCAGGCUGCCAAUGAUCAUUACUCAAUCCUAACAUUAGCUAUCAUGAACAUGUAUGCAAGUAUUCCAGUUGUUGUCGAGAAGAGGCUGAUUGAUCAAAUAGCCAAGGAGGGGGAUAUAAAGCUUGAGAAUAUUCUUCCUAUCACUUUUGAGAAGAUGAAGCUUGCAGAUUUCGAUUUGGCCAUGAGGAUUGGAAAUGUGGCUUGUGGGGUUUGUAAUGGAUGUAGAGAUGCUAUUUGCUGGGAACUCACACACAUCACCCUGUCUUGGUAG